CCUCCUGGAGUUAUUUGCCGUCACUAUGGCAACCCAGUAAUUGAAGUCUGACUAUGGAGGAGGCCAAGGAGUUUACUACAGAAUCGCAGUCUCGAUCUUUAGAGGUGCACCCCAGCUCCGCUGGGCUGGGGACUACUUCAGAACCGGUUUCUUCAGAUGGCAGUCCUGGGUCUGUCUUGGCAGCCACAAAGGCAGCAGCUGCAGUGGCUGCACAUUUUGCAGCCUCUGCAGCCUCAUCCUCCGCCAAAGCAGCUGCGUUAUGUGCAAAGCCCUCUGCUCCCUUGCCUGGGUUCACAGAGCCCUCCUCUGACAGUCUUGGGUCGACCUGCCUUGCACCCCACCAGAUAGGACAUGGGAAUCUUAGCUUUCCGCCCACCUAUGUUGCCUGCAUUGCUCAGGAUCCCUGUACUACAACUGACCUUAGCUCCAGCUUUGGACCUGUAACUAUGUCCAGCCUUGGCCCUGUAACUACAUCUAGCCUUGACCCCAUAACUAUGUCCAGCCUUGACCCUGUAACUACAUCCAGCUCUGGUCCAGAACCCUGCUCUGUCCCUGACACUAGUCCUUGUUAUGCCACUGUUCCUGGCCCUCCUCCUGGCCCUAUCUGUGACCCUACUCCUGGCCCUGUCUGUGACCCUACUCCUGCCCCUACCUGUGUCCCUUCUCCUGGCCCUAUCUGUGUCCCUUCUCCUGGCCCUGUCUGUGACCCUGCUCCUGGCCCUACCUCUGGCUCUGUUCAUGAGUCUGGUUCUGGUCUGGGUCUUAGCCCUGGAGCUGAGCCAGAAUGUAGCCCUGGCCCUGAGCCCAGCCCCACCCCUCCUGAAAAUAUCUGUCUGGAGCCAGAUAGUCCUUCUGAAUAUACCACUUGGUACCACCGAUACUACCAGGAACCUCAAAAACAACAACCCUGGAAAUUUUUGCAAGUUUCAGAACCUGGAGCUCAAGGGCUACAGGAACCCAAACGUGUGGAAGGGAAGUCUGCACUUGGCUAUAAAACACUGACAAGGGGCAGGUGUCUCCUCUACAACUGGGAAGAAGAGAGAGCCACCAAUCACCUGGAUCAAGUCCCAUGCUCCCAGGAUGGCUCCGAGAGUUUCUUCUUCCGGCAUGGACACCAGGGAUUGCUGACCAUGCAUCUACAAUCACCCAUGCCCUCCAGCACCACCCAGAGGGAUUCAUAUCAGCCCCCAAGAAAACCAUGCCAGCCACUUCAAGGGAAACGUGAAGCUAUGCUGGAGAUGCAUUUGUACCACCAUAUCUGUAACGAGGUUCAGGCAGAACAGGAACCCGAGAGGAAGCUCUUUGAGGUCGAGUCAGUAACACACCAUGACUACGGAGUGAAGCUUGUCCAAGCAAAGCCUCCCGCCCCAACAAAGCCUCAUGACUACCGCAAGGAGCAGCCUGAAACCUUCUGGCUACAGAGGGCAUCAAAGAUACCGGGUGUCAGUAACAUCAGAACAUUGGACACACCUUUCCGGAAGAACUGCAGCUUCUCAACACCACUGCCCUUGUCUCUGGGAGAUCCUUUGCCCUAUGAACCUGGAAGUUACCCCCAGCAAUUGGGAACAAUGUCUUUCCUAGCCUGUCAGGGAAGUGGGCUGGGGUGUCAAAAUGGAAAGACAACUCCCUAAAGGUUGCAGAAGGAAAUGAAUAUAGAAUUUGGAAUCUAUUUGUAUUAGAGAGUUUUCUGGAGAAGCAGUCGGCUUGGUGAAGGGGUUUUAUAUAAAAGGUUCUCUCUCAUCCUGAAUUUGCUAAUUGACUGAUUCUUUGAGUUACCAUAUCUAUACCCAGUA